UCGGUGAUAGUUUCGGUGGGGCGCUUAACUGCAGACAAUUGUUAUUGUUUUCGGCAAAAAUGUUUGUAACUUUCUCAAUUGUUUAACUAGGUAAAACAUGUAUAGAGUUUACGCUACCACAAACAUUAUGUAACGUCAACGCUUCGCCUACAAGUGCACAGAGAAGUGACAUUCCUGUGAUUUCUCCCAGUGACACCUGUUGCUCCAGUUUCGCUCGCGCGUACAGACUAUUCGUCACUUGACAGGUGAACAUCUAAAGAGGAGUACAGCUUUGAAAAGUAGAGUAAACAUCUUUUUAAAAACGUUUUUUAGAUGACAACGACACCAUGAAAGUAACAGUAACUUUUGGUGGUACCAUGUUGGUCGUUCCAUGUAAGGAUGGGUGGACAGUGCGAGACCUAAUUCUUCAAGCUACACUGAGAUACCGCAAAGUUCUCGAUCAGGAAGGGGAGUUUGAGGUGCGGACCUACCAAGUGAAGUACAGCGACGGAGGGAUCCUGGAUCAGGACGACCUGCUCAGCGACCUGGUGGAGGACCGAGACAAGCUGGUGGCUGUGUUUGAGAAACAGGAGGUCCAGCGGGUGGCGUCGGUGAGCCCAGCAGCCAGCGACUCCACGGGCACGUCCAGCCCCGACUCGGGCUCAUACGAGCCCCUGCUCGCCGCCCUGCAGCCCGUGGGACAUGGCGAGAUCGAGGUCACCGCCAGCACCCUCAAAGCCAGUCUGCUAAUGGAGCAGGGGAGGAUGAACAUCAACAAUAGCCUCAGCAGCUCCCGCUCUGCUCCCAGCAGCAUGUGCAGCACCAUUGACGCCAGCAGCCAUGCUCUGAACCCAAAGGGAGGAGCUACAGAUAGACUACGGGUUGAGGUCCCCACUGGCAAGAUGAAACGAAUCACAACAAGACCCCUGACCAGGACUGUGGAGCUAUCUGGUGACCCGGGACCUCUCGGUAUCCAUAUCGUCCCCUACUGCUCCUCACUGAGCGGACGGACGCUGGGCUUGCACAUCAAAGGCGUGGAGGAGCACAGCCGUGCCAAGAAGGCGGGCCUCUUCAAGACUGACGAGUGCAUCGUCCGGAUCAACGACACGGAGCUGAUUGACAAGGCCUUCUCCCAGUCACAGGAAGUGUUUGUCCAGGCCAUGUUUUCUUCUCUGGUGCAUCUGGAGGUGCUUCCUGUGGCCAACAAGCAGCGUUAUGAGAAGAGUCUGAUUGGCCAGCUUUUCACCACAGAGGGGCACGACCUCGACCCCAAAGCCAAGAGCCCCCUGCUGGUUCGAGCCAAAAUGGAAGUCAAACAGGAUCCCAAACCAGAUAUCAAACCGGAUAUUAAACCUCAUAUCAAGCCAGAUAUCAAACCAGAUAUCAAACCACAUAUAGAACCAGAUAUCAAACCAGAUAUCAAGCCAGAUAUCGAACCAGAUAUCAAACCAGAUAUCAAGCCAGAUAUCGAACCAGAUAUCAAACCACGUAUCGAACCAGAUAUCAAACCUCAUAUCAAACCAGACAUCAAACCACAUUUGCAACCAGAUCUAAAGCAGGACCUCAGACCAGACCUGAAGCCAGAACUGAGACGACCAGAUGUGCGGCUGAAGACCCCUGACCCGGCCUAUCUGCCCCCCCUGCCACCAGAGCCCCAGACUGGGCAAGGCUCCGAGGUGCGUCCCCCCGGUGCCUCCCCCACCCCGCCCGCCAGUGCCUCCCCCACCCCCAGGGGGCACAGCGAGAGCCCGUUGCCAAGGAAGAGUGCUGGCCUCCCGGGCCUGGUCAACCUGGCCAGCAGGAAGGGGGGGAGGAAGAUGAAGAUCGACCUGAAGAAAGGUACCGAGGGGCUGGGCUUCACCGUGGUGACCCGAGACUCCAUGCCUCACGGCCCGGGACCGAUCAUGGUGAAGAAAAUCCUCCCCCACGGCGCUGCCAUCAAAGAUGGCCGCCUGCAGCCCGGGGACCGCAUCCUGGAGGUGAAUGGUGCGGACCUGUCUGGUUGUACUCAGGAGGAGCUGGUGGCCAUGCUGAGGAGCACCAAGCAGGGGGAGAGUGUGUCUCUGGUGGUCGUCAGGCAGGAGGAGAUCUUCCUACCCCGAGAACUGAAGGGGGAGGAGGCGGGCUCCCUGGUUCUGGAGGAUGGGAAGGAGCAGCUGGUGUUGGAGGUGCCGCUCAACGACACGGGCUCGGCCGGGCUGGGCGUCAGCCUGAAGGGCAACAAGUCCCGGGAGACGGGCGAGGACCUGGGCAUCUUCAUCAAGUCCAUCAUCCACGGAGGGGCCGCGUACAAGGAUGGACGUCUUCGCGUCAACGACCAGCUGGUCGCUGUCAACGGCGAGCCCCUGCUGGGCCACUCCAACCACGCCGCCAUGGAAACGCUGCGCCACUCCAUGUCGUGGGAGGGCACGGCCCGCGGCACCAUCCAGCUGGUGCUGCUCCGCGCCUCCCCGCGCCCCCACCACGACCCCGACCCCAACCAGGAGAGCCAAGAGGCAGGCAGUCCUCGGAGCUGGACCCCAGACCCUGCCCAUGGACCCCCAGAACCCCUGGGCCUGAAACCAACACCUCCCUGGAGCUCAAUCACACUGGGCCCCGCCUAUACCCCAUGGUGGACAACGACCUGUACCACAGCUCUGGUGGUGAGUUGA